AAACCCCACCUCGCCGGCGGCCGCACAUGACCACCACCACCGCAGCAACGCUCGUCGACGGCCAUGGACGACGACGGCGAGACGCCGAUGCCGUCGCUCGAGCUCCACAAGCUCCCCACCCUCGCCGGCGCCGCCAUCCCGAACCCGAUCGCGCGCCACCCGCUGUACCACCCGUCGCCGAGCUUCUUCAUCUCCCCCACCGACGUCGUCCUCCGCGACAUCCUCUUCGACGCCUCGCCGGCGUCGGCCGCCGGUGAGCGGCGGCGGCGGCAUGUCGCGGCGUACCACCGCGCGGGCCCUCGCCGCGAGGUCGCGUUCGACCCAGCGACGGUGCGCGCGGCCAUCUUCACCUGCGGCGGGCUCUGCCCCGGGACGAACACCGUCGUGCGAGAGCUCGUCGUCGGGCUGUCCGAGCUCUACGGCGUGCGCGGCGGCGUGUUCGGCGUGCGGAACGGGUACCGCGGCUUCUACUCCGACGAGGUCGUCCCGCUCGACCCGGCGGCGGUGGAGCACUGGCACAAGGCCGGCGGGGCGGCGCUCGGCACGUCGCGCGGCGGGUUCGACCUCGCCAGGAUCGUGGACGCCAUCGAGCGGCACGGGUUCAACCAGGUGUACGCCGUCGGCGGCGACGGCACGAUGCGCGGCGCGGCGAGGAUCCACCGCGAGGUCCGGCGGCGGGGGCGGCUCGCCGUGGCGGUGGCGGGGAUCCCGAAGACGGUGGACAACGACGUCGGCGUCGUCGACCGGUCGUUCGGGUUCCACACGGCGGUGGAGGCGGCGCAGCAGGCGAUCGCCGCCGGGCACGUGGAGGCCGAGAGCGCGGCGAACGGCGUCGGCCUCGUCAAGCUCAUGGGCCGGAGCGCCGGCCACAUCGCGCUCCACGCCACGCUCAGCAGCCGCGACGUCGACUGCUGCCUCAUCCCGGAGGAGGACUUCUACCUCCGCGGCGCCGGCGGCCUCUUCGACUUCCUCUACCGCCGCAUCAAGGACAACGGCCACGCCGUCGUCGUCGUCGCCGAGGGCGCCGGCCAACGUCUCAUCCCAAGAACCACCACCACCUCGGCCUCCGGCGCCUGCGCCGGCGCCGACGAGUCGGGGAACGAGACGUUCCUGGACGUGGGGGCGUGGCUGAAGGCGGAGAUGAGGGCGUGGUGGGAGGAGGAGCACGCCGGCGAGGUGUUCACGGUGAAGUACAUCGACCCGACGUACAUGAUCCGCGCCGUGCCGGCGAACGCCGGCGACAACCUGUACUGCACGCUGCUGGCGCACGCGGCGAUCCACGGCGCCAUGGCCGGGUACACCGGCUUCGUCUCCGGCACGAUCAACGGCAACUACGCCUACAUCCCCAUGGACGAGGUGGCCGAGGCGAAGAACCCCGUGGACACCAAGGACCACAAGUGGGCUUGGGUCAGGUCCAUCACCAAUCAGCCCGACUUUAUCCGGGCCGGUCCGACGAGCUAGCCCAACAGCCCACCGUAUCUACUUAAUCUUUUUGGUUUGGGUUGAACCAGUCAAUAAUUAGCACUCAAUAUGUAUACUAUCUUAUAUAUUAUUCCUUCCGAUAAAAAAAAUUCCAAUCUAUGGUUAAAAUGGGAUAUAAUUUAAUACAACGAAUUUAAAUGGGAGUCUGUCCA